ACAAUUACCAGAAAAGUAUGAGCUGCUGCUGUGGUGAUGAUUGCCAAUGCAGGCCUCUGGGCUUUUUACUGGGCCUACCCUUUGCCUUUGUGUCUCUCAUCCUCUCUAUCAUCGGCGUUAUCAUCUGGAUCGUCGGAUUGACCCUAAGUUGCAUCUGUCCUUGCUGCUUUUGUGUGACUAUUUUAGUGGAGUUUGCGUUAGUGCUAAUCAAGGCACCAUUUUCCGUCAUGGAAUGGUUUACAUCUAAGAUCCCGUGUUAAUUAACUACCAUUAUAGUAUUUAGAAUGUUAAAUCUUAUAUAUUUUUACAGAGAUGGUAGUGAUAUGUUCAUUGAUUAAUUAAAUGAAUUCGAUUGGUGAUUUGUUCAAAUUCUUCUGUUGAUUAAUUUUGAGCUAUAUAACCUAUAUUAA